AGUUCGCAGCUGACGGUUCGAGUAAAGAUCAUGUUCACUUUGUUAUCUGGUUUAUUCAAAUAUUUAUUUCGGAAAGAUGAAUUCUUUAUAUUAAUUCUGGGUUUGGAUAACGCUGGAAAGACGACAUUUCUGGAGCAGACAAAGACACAGUUCAACAGAAACUACAAAGGCUUGUCACUCAGCAAAAUAACAACCACAGUAGGAUUGAAUAUUGGUAAGAUUGAUAUUGGAUCAGUGAGAUUGAUGUUUUGGGAUUUAGGAGGUCAAGAAGAAUUACAGUCAUUAUGGCAUAAAUAUUAUGCUGAAUCCCAUGGUGUCAUAUUUGUAGUGGAUGCUACUGAUGAAACUCGGCUUGAAGAUUCAUGGAGAGCAUUUGAUGAGAUGAUAGAAAGUGAAGCAUUAGUUGGUGUACCGAUUUUAGUACUUGCCAACAAACAAGAUAUACAAGGAUGCUUGAAAGUUGACCAAAUCAAGUCUUUAUUUAAUCAAAGUGCUGCAAAAAUUGGAAAGAGAGACUGUAAAAUUAGAGGUGCAUCUGCACUGACAGGAGAUGGAGUUAAUGAGAGUAUAGAUUGGAUUGUUCAGUGUGUUGAAAGGAAUGUAUAUCGUAGACCAACAAAUACUGGUGAUACCUCCUGAAGUCAUCACGAUGUGCCAGAACAUAUCGUUGCCUUUCAGUAUAAUAUUGAUAUUCUGGGGUAUUUCACCUUGAAUGAACUGUUUAUUAUGGGUACAGUGCAACAGGCCAGACUGUACUGUGAAACAGUAAUAACACCUGGCGAAUAUAUUGGGCAUUAAAGGGUUUAUUUUAGGUUUUAUUAGGUUCUUUUUGACAAACAUUUUUGUAAUAAUGGAUGGCAUCCAGUAUGUCACUAAAAGCGUCCUGUCAUAUUACAUGGUAAUCACAUGAUAUUAAUUUUAGUAGACAUAAUUAGUACAACGAAUAUUAUAAUACAGUCCUGAUGCCACAAUAAUUUAUUUCAGAAUGUGUACUGGGAACCCAUAUUUAUACAUCUGUUUUAUCAUCCAAAAAUAAACUUAGAUUUGUCACUUCAAGCAA